AUGCUGUGGGUGGCGGCGGAGGCCUUGUGUGAGAGCUGCUGUCCCGGCCGAGCACACGGACAAUCCCCACGUCUCUCGUCAGGUUCUGAGGUGCCAGGCGUCUGGUGUAAGAACUGCGAAGAUGCGCCCCUGAUACCCCCAAACCCCUUACCCCAGAAAAGAAGCAGCCACACAGGCCCGGCCCCACCUGCCCCAACUCAUGGUCCCGGGAGGGCUCGGCAGGGCCGUGAGGUCCCAAGUCCAAUUACUUUCUGCAUGGGGGCCUCAGGGACCAAGUGGCUCUGUCCCGUGCUCCCCUGUGGGUGUCUCUUCUCAGUAGCCCAGGAAGGUUCCACCAGCCAAGACAAGCAGGGCACAGGCCACUCCCAGGCUGCAGUGCCUGCUUGCAGAGCUUGCAAGCAUGUGAUCACCAGGAAGGUCAACAAACUGGGGCAGUUGCUGCUGGAGAAGUGUAAGACCAAGGGGCAGGUCACACAGGCAGUGCUGCUCAAGAUCGUCAGGCGGAAGUAUAGGCACCUCUUCUCCAAGAUCUUCAGGAGAACCUCUGAGCUCAUGGAGCUGCUCUUUGGCCUGGAAUUGAAGGAAGCCAAUGGCAGAUGUCAUGCCUACACCCUGGUCAGCAAGCUGGGCCUCCCUGAUGAUGCAAUUCUGAGCAGCGAUAGUGUGUUGCCCACCACCGGCCUCAUUAUGUUGUUGCUCCAUGUGAUCUUCAUGAAGGGCAACCGUGCCACCGAGGAAGAGGUCUGGGAGUUCCUCAACAUCAUGGGAGUCUAUGCCGGCAGGAGGCACCUCAUCUUCAGGGAGCCCCCGAGGCUCAUCACCAAAGAGCUGGUGCAGCAGAAGUACCUGGAGUACUGCCAGGUGCCCGACCGUGACCCUCCCCGCUAUGAGUUCCUGUGGGGCGGCAGGGCCCACACCGAAACCAGCAAGAUGAGGGUGCUCAAGGUCCUGGCCAAGAUCAACAACAGGGUUCUGAGUUCCUUCUCCAACCUGUACAAGGAGGCUUUGAGGGAUGCGAAGGAGUUUUUGGAAGCCAGAGCUGCAGCCAGGGUCACUGCCAGGGCCGUGGCCAAGAAAACCACCAAGGCUGCUGCUAAAGACUCUGCCAGGGUCGCCUCUGCUGCCAAGUGUGAAGAUCUUAUCCAGAGUCUGCCUGAUGUUGAGCCACGUAGCACUGGCCAGCAGCCUCAGGAAGCACCACCUGUCACCACUGCAUCUACUCACACUACAUCUGAUGAAGCUUCCGACGAUGAAGAUCAGGAUAGGCCAAGGAUUCCUGAGGUUCCACUCGACACUCAAGGCUCACGCAAAUUUUAUUACGUCAGUACCAUUAUUGACGUGUUGGAGCACUUCCUUGUGAAGAAGUAUAAACUGAAGCAGCCCAUCCUGAAGGAAGACAUGCUGAAGAUUAUUGGUGAAGAGAAUGAAUCCCAACUUCCUGAGUUCCUCAAGAAAACCGCUAAGCGCAUUGAGAUCCUCUUUGCCCUUGACUUGAAGGAAGGUGACUCACCUAGACCAUCAUAUGACUUGGUCAGCAAAUUGAAGCUCCCCAACAAUGGGAGGGUGCGUCCUGGCAGGGGCUAUCCAAAGACGGGUCUCCUGAUGCGUGUUCUGGGUAUCAUCCUCUUGCACAACGACUGUGUUCCUGAGGAAAACAUGUGGAAACACCUGAGGAACAUGAGACUAUACCCUGGAAAGAGGCACUUCUUCUACGGGGAACCCAAGAAGCUCAUCACCCAAACUUUGGUGAGACUCAAGUACCUGGAGUACCGCCAGGUGGCUGGCAGUGAUCCCCCUCGCUAUGAGAUCCUGUGGGGCCCCAAAGCCCAUGCUGAAACCAGCAGGAAGAAAAUCCUGGACUUUAUAGUGAACAGCAGGAAAGAAAUUCCCAGUGUCUUCCCAAUGUUUGUUGAAAAAGCCGUGCAAGAUGAGGAAGAAAAAGCCCAAGUCAGAGCUGCAGCCAACCUUGGCACCACUGGCCAUGCCCAGAAGGGACUCCCAAGCUCUACUGAAGUCUGA